GAGCAUUAUUCAGUGGAAGCUCUCACGCUCUGCCUCUGCGUCUGCCUCUCUCCCCACGACGCCCGGGCCGGCGACGAAGCCGGAGCUCCACUCCCGAGACGAUGUCGGCCGCCGCCGGCGGCAGCUCCUCCUCGUCCUCCACUCCAGCGCCGCGGUUGGAAGGAAAGGUUGCGCUGGUUACCGGCGGCGCCUCCGGUAUCGGCGAAGCCAUCGUCCGCCUCUUCAGACAGCACGGCGCCAAGGUUGGCAUAGCGGACAUCCAGGAUGAAGCCGGGCAGCAGCUCCGCGACUCCCUCGGAGGCGACCCCGAUGUCCUGUUCGUGCACUGCGACGUCACCGUGGAGGAGGACAUAAGCCGGGCCGUCGAUGCGGCGGCUGGGAAGUUUGGCACCCUCGACAUCAUGGUCAACAAUGCCGGCAUUACAGGCGACAAGGUUACCGAUAUCCGGAACCUCGACUUUGCUGAUGUCAAGAAGGUGUUCGACAUCAACGUGCACGGCAUGCUUCUCGGCAUGAAGCACGCGGCGCGUGUCAUGAUCCCGAACAAGAAGGGAUCCAUUGUGUCGUUGGCGAGUGUUGCCAGUGUCAUUGGAGGGAUGGGGCCUCACGCAUACACCGCGUCGAAGCACGCGGUGGUGGGUCUCACCAAGAGUGUGGCAUUGGAGCUGGGGAGGCAUGGCAUACGGGUGAACUGCGUGUCCCCCUACGCCGUGCCCACAGCGCUCUCCAUGCCGCAUUUACCCCAAGGAGAGCAGAAGGGUGAUGCAGUGAGGGACUUCCUGGCCUUUGUUGGCAGUGAGGCAAACCUGAAAGGUGUUGAUCUGCUGCCGAAGGAUGUCGCCGAGGCGGUGCUCUACCUGGCGAGCGACGAGGCGAGGUACAUCAGCGCGCUCAACCUCGUGGUCGACGGCGGAUUCACCUCCGUGAAUGGCAACCUGAAGGCGUUUGAGGACUAGUUGAAGUCUUUAGCUGCAUUUGUUACUUGGUAUCUGAAAGCAUUUGAGUACCAUUUCUGAUUUGCCUGUGUUAGCAUGUCAAUAAGGUGGGUGAUCAUGUGUAAAAUUGGAUAAUUAUUCUAUAUUAGUGCUUAAGGACAGUCUUGAUUAUUAUUGAUAUUACUCUGUUGAACCUGUUGGGUGUGUUAGGACCUUGUGUAACAUUCAGUUAAGAGUUUCAUAAAGACUUCUGUGGCAGUAUAUCUGCGAAAUAGUAGAAA